GAACUAAUGGGGGGAAAGGAAGGCUUCCGCACGGACAUAAUAGUGAACAGUACAAAUCCAUCGAGACGAUUUCUACAUUGAUGGUGGAAACCGCGUCAGCGUCAUCAUGCCGACGGUGGUGCUAAUGGACGCGUCUCUGUCCAUGACGCGGCCGGUCUCUCAGGAGCAGUGCACCGAGGAGUUGCAGAGGAAGCACUUAGCUGUGGCCGGACUCACCAUGCUGUUCGAACACAUGGCGAACAACUACAAACUGGAAUUCACCUCUCUGGUGGCCUUCUCUUCUCUGUGGGAGCUACUGGUGCCUUUCACCAGGGACUACAACACCCUACAGGAAGCCCUGAGCAACCUGGAGGACUACGACAAGACGUGUCUGGAGUCCGCUUUACACGGAAUCAGCACUGUGAUGCAGCAGGAGUGGGGUCACGCCUGUCCCACACAGGUGGUGUUGGUAACAGACGGCUCCCUGGGGAUCGGUAAAGGCUCUCUGAGACACUCCCUACAGACUCUGAAAGGACGCCCGGAGGACAAGAAGUUCCCCCUGCCCUUCCCUUUCCCUGCCAAGCUGUUCAUCAUGUGCAUCGCUAACGCGGAGGAGUUACAGAUGACAGACACGAUGCAUAACCUGGAGCAGCUGCUCCAACUGAACGGAGGCGAUGGACAGAUCUUCACUAUGGAAGGCCAGCUCUGUCUGAAGAGCGUCCAGUCCAUGUUCGGGCGUCUGAUAGAUGCGGCCUACUCCCCGUUCCCUGCUGUACUGCAUUGUGGGAACCUGGCUUCUGAUGUCCAGGUGUUCCCCAGACCUGAGCCUGUUUUCCUGGAUGAAGAAAUCGACCCUAUGCCCCGACACAUCCUCACAGAUCUGGAGAUCGUUGGUUUCAUAGAGAUAGGAGACAUCUCCAGUCCUCCUGUCAUGUCCAGACACCUGGUCCUGCCUAUCGCUGUCAAUAAAGAGGUGGAUGAUGUGGGUCCAGGAACCACAGAGGAACCAGAGGAGGAGACAUCAGCCAACCAGCAGGCAGGGAAGGUCCCCAACUUCUGUGUCCUACUCCAUGGCAGUCUGAAGGUAGAGGGCAUGGUGGCGCUGGUGCAGCUGGGCCCAGAGUGGUACGGGAUGCUGUAUUCCCAGGCAGACAGCAAGAAGAAGUCUAAUCUCAUGAUGUCUCUAUUUGAGCCCGGACCCGAGCCUUUACCCUGGCUGGGCAAGGUGUCUCAGCUAGGACCUAUAUCAGAUGCAGCUGAGAACCCGUACGGGGAGGAUGACAGUAAGAGUCCCUUCCCUCUGCAGCCUAAGAUCAAACGCAGCUACGCUCAGAACGUCACUGUCUGGAUCAAAGCUAGCGGACUGCAGACUGAUGUGCAGAAGAUCCUGAGGAACGCCAGGAAACUGCCAGAGAAGACCCAGACCUUCUACAAGGAGCUGAACCGUCUGCGUAAGGCAGCGCUGGCGUUUGGUUUCUGGGAGCUGUUGAAGGGAGUUGCAGAGCUGUUAGAGAGGGAGUGUACCCUACUGCCGGACACGGCUCACCCUGACGCAGCCUUCCAGCUGUCGCACGCUGCCAAGCAGCUGAAACUAGCUUCCACAGGAGACUCCCAGUACGCCGCCUUCGACCAGAACAUCAACCCCAUGCACACCGACUUCUCUGGGGGAGGAGCCGGCAUGUAGAGAGAGCUUCUGAAAUGGCAUCAGUAUCUGGGCUUUAAAGAUGUUGACCUGUCUCCUCUCUAACGCCCCCCCCCCCCCCCGGAAACUCCCGAUUCAAACUGCCAUGACAGCGUUGUAAAAAGAGACAUUAGAUGCUCAGUGAAACUCCAUAUUUAGUGGGUAACUAUCUUCAUUUACUCCCGUUACGGACGGAAAUGUAAUUCCAGAAAAUAUCGAAAUAAAAACGAUCAAGCAACCGGGAGAAAAAAGCCUAAAUUCACUCGUCUACAACAGCUCAAUACAUUGGAGGUACCGAAGAGGCCUCCCCCCCCCCUUCCGUUUGCAUUUAGAAAUAAUGAAAAACGACAUGCUGUAUUUUGAGUAACGGCUGUAUUCUGACAAAAUGAUUGCAGAGUUGUCUAAUGGCAGUUUGGAUCUGAGGAGACCCGUCGAUCACUAAAGCCCAGAUACUUGGGGACAUAUUCCCUAUAUAUUCCUGGUCUAAAGUAGUGCACUCUAUAGGGAACAAGGUGCCAUAGGGCUCUGGUCUAAAGUAGUGCACUAUAUAGGGAAUAGGGUACCGUUUGGGACUAUUCGAAUGGCACACCAACUGUUAACUCGAAGCUAAGUCCUAUGGCUUCGCGUGUGUUUUUGUACAUAUCGUUUUUAUAACUUUCCUAAUGAAUAAAUGAUUAAAAAAAAAGGUUUCUUUCC